GAAACCGCUGGGGGGCGCACUUCCCCCAUCAGCGUAAGUCGGUCGAGAUGGUCAUGGCGACGGGCGCAACCGUCCUAAGGAGGAAUAGACCAGGCACCAAGGCGAAGGACUUCUACAACUGGUCAGAUGAGUCUUUCGAGGAGAUGGAUAGUACUCUGGCAGUGCAGCAGUAUAUCCAGCAAAACAUUCGCUCUGACUGUUCCAACAUAGAGAAGAUCAUGGAGCCUCCUGAAGGACAGGAUGAGGGAGUGUGGAAGUAUGAGCAUCUCAGGCAGUUUUGCUUGGAGCUCAAUGGCUUGGCUGUUAAGCUUCAGACUGAGUGCCAUCCAGACUCCUGUACCCAGAUGACUGCCACUGAGCAGUGGCUCUUUCUCUGUGCUGCCCACAAGACUCCCAAAGAGUGUCCUGCCAUUGAUUACACAAGGCACACAUUGGAUGGAGCAGCUUGUCUUCUCAACAGCAAUAAGUAUUUUCCUAGCCGCGUCAGCAUUAAGGAGUCGUCGGUAGCAAAGCUGGGCUCGGUUUGCCGUCGCAUUUACAGGAUCUUCUCCCACGCUUUCUUUCACCAUCGGCAAAUAUUCGACGCGUAUGAGAACGACACAUUUCUGUGUCACCGCUUCACCCGCUUCGUGAUGAAGUAUAACCUGAUGUCCAAGGACAACCUGAUUGUGCCCAUACUAGAGGACGAGGGCAAGAAUCCCUCCAGUGGAGAAAGUGAAGCCUGACCUCUCACUCCCCAAGCUACCCGCGAGUGCUGCAGGAGAACCCAAACAACUGAAACUCGGAUAAACAGGCAUAUGCACCACGCAGACCCUGCGGCUUCCAGCCUGAAGCCAGAGCAACUCCCACGUCUUUGUGUUUAGAUACAUGUAUAUAAAACACACACACGUGCGAUUGUGCAUGCUGCACUUUUGCUUUCCUGCUUAACAAUCUUGGCAGCCUUUCAGGUGUCCUUUGAGUCCAUCUUGUUUUCUUUUUACAGUGAAUGUGGUGAUAUUCACCCAUUGCAUGUUAUGUGGGUUGAGGGGUCAUAUCCAGCUCACUUUUUUUAUGAACUAAAGUUAAUUUUCCUUAAUGAUGUUAUUAAAACAUUUAAUAUCUGAUGUUAAUUAAAGAACUGCACCCAGUACUACUCACUCACUCAGUUUAGAAAAAUGAGAAGCAAAUAAAAGCAAAUACCUGUUUUAAUAAUAUAUUAACACAGUAAGUGGCAAGUUAAAAUGUUCAAAUAUCCAAAUACUGCAGCUGGUAGAGAACACUGGUCUGAAAGUGGCUUAAUAAAAACAAAAUGACAGCAAAAAUGGAUCUCAGUACUCAAUGGCUUAAAUCAUAUACACAGCAGCAUGAUACAUUUUACAACCUACAUUUUUGUUGUUUUCUAGUACAACUUGGGACAAACCCUUUGAACAGGAAUCCAACAUUACAUCUGUGACAAAAGUAGAAAAAGUUAAAGAUUAAAUAAUCUAAUGCUUUUUUUCUGUGACACCCAGCUCAUUAGUUUUAACAGAGUAGAGCCACUGCUGUACAAAGUCAAGCCAAAAAAGGCGCUGAAUGCAGAAUGGUGAUCAUCAGACUAAAAUACUGAUUACUAAGUGAAUGUGUUGACUUUACAAAGAGUGUGCAUUGCCCUCCCUUUUUAAAGUGUGAACAAAAUGUUUUAUAGGCCAAUACGUCCACAGAUAUUCCACAAGAGAUCAACAUACAGCUAUAGCAUCACUCUGACACAGCCUGCAGUGUCAGAUAUAUGUUCACUUUACAGAUGUGCUGGUGAGCAGAGGCUGUGUGUGAAAGUCAUUUUGUGCGCGUGAAUCCUGGCCUCAGAAAGCCCUUUUAGAAAAACUCCAGGCUCCCCAAGAGGCUGGAGGGCUCCGCACCGGCACAAGUGUGCCCAAAAUACUGCUGCCGAGUGAACAUUCACACAGUGCAGCGCACUGCAGGGGAUCUGUGGGGAGGCUCAUUGCCAGAGCCACCGUGCACCCUCGAGCUACUGCAGGUGUUAGGAGGAAGGAACUAAUGUGAACUAGUCAGGGGGGGGAAGAAACAGAAAAAACAGGAAAUAGAACUGAGAAACAAAUGUGAGUGAAAAAUAGUAAGACAGAUUUAGGUGAGAGAAAUGUGUUUAGUGAGAGAGUAAAACAGAUUAGUACUAGAAAUGCGUGUUAUAAUCUUGUCCCCGUGAUGGUGGUCUGCGCGGUAUUUUGUAAGAUGUAUUUGCUCAGGUCAAGGUAGUGGGUGAUUCGGUGCACGGUAUAAAAUCCUAGCAGUGCUUCAGGUUAGAAAUCCCAACUCGAUUGUUCAGACACUGGGGCCACAUACUGGAUUCGCCUUAUGGCUGUUUGUGAUGCAUUAGAAUAGAAAAAUGUACAAAAUUGAAAUUCCCCGCAUAAAAUAGUUAUGGCUUCAUUUAAAAAAAAUUACCUCAAAUAUAUGGGUUAAAAAUCCAUUUCCAAAGAAUAGGGAAAAUGCAAAGAACUUCAACUCUGUCAGUCUUAAGUCAUUCCACCCAUAACACAAAACUGAUUUUGGGCUAUAACCAGCCAAACUGAGGCGGAGUUGUGAAUGUCUGGUCCCGUAUUCUGAAA